CUCGGAUACAAACGUCUGGCCCGCACCGAGGCUGUAUAUUGUUCAGUAGUGGCGCAACUCAACAGUUCACACAGAAAUAUGGGAACCGGAGUGAGAAGAAGUGAUAUUCUGCACUGUUCUGAAGGUGUAAUGGCAAAAAAAGAACUUCCUCUUUGAUAUCCUGGUGUGAUUGUAACCUCUCCCGAAGUCGCGUUUGUUUUAUUUAUUUAUUUCUACUUUUCACAAAACCUGGGAAUAUUUGAGCGUCAGAAGCGUGCUGCCGCUUCUUUGGGACUGACUUUUUUUAAAAGCAGGAAUGGCCACUGCAAGGCUUGAUUACGUUGCUCCGUGGUGGACAUAUUGGCUGCACAAUUUCCCUCACUUCAAUUUUUUUUUCCAGUCGGUCGACAACACUUUCAAACCGGAGGAGGCGAGCUAUCAGCAGUCUUUGAUAUUUCUAGCAUGUGUCGGAGCAGUGGGCCUGGGUCUGAGCCUGCUGGUUCUGGCAGUGUGCCUGAUCUGCCUGUGCUGCUGCCGCAGGGACAUAGAUGAAGACACCAAAAGGCCAGAUACCUGCUGUCUCACAUGGUCUGCUGUCAUCACAGGUCUUAUCAUAUGUUCUGCUGUAGGAGUGGGUUUCUAUGGAAACAGCGAGACCAAUGAUGGGAUGUACCAGCUGACCUACUCGCUCUACAAUGCCAAUCACACAUUGGGUGGCAUCAACAAUCUGGUUGCAGGAUCUGUGGGCAAUGUACAAACUGGUCUCAAGCAGCAUCUGGAACGACUGGAUGAAAUCUUUUCCACCAGGCCCGACUACCUCAAAGUUCUGGGCUUUAUGCAGCUGAUGGUCAACAACGUUAUUCGUGAGAUGACAGCUCUGCCGGAUAUCAACAAAGUCAAUGUUGACAUUGCAGCCGUUGCUGACCAAAUAGCCUUCGCUGAGUAUUACAGAUGGCUGACCUAUCUGCUGCUGCUUAUCCUGGAUCUGGUCAUCUGCUUGGCUGUGUGCUUGGGGAUGGCUAGACAGUCUCGAUGGCUGAUCAUCACGAUCAUGGCUUUUGUAAUGCUGUCUAUGAUCCUAAGCUGGGCCUCACUGGGAGCGGGCACUGCUUCAGCUGUGGGCACCAGUGACUUUUGUGUGUCUCCAGACAAGUUUAUUGUGAACCAAACCAAGGAUUUCCUCGCUGCAGAUGUUGCACACUAUUACUUGUUCUGCAGCCCAAAUCUACCAAACCCUUUCCAACAGUCUUUGACAACCUGCCAGCUUUCUCUGACCACCAUGCAAAACCAGAUCAAGGGCUUGCUGCAGUUCUCUGUGCCCAUCUUUCCCACUGCUGAGAGAGACCUGUUGGGGAUCCAGCGACUGCUGAACUCUACAGAGUCCAGUCUACACCGGCUAACAGCCUUGCUCGAUUGCCGCGGGCUACAUAAGGACUAUGUGGAUGCCCUAAUGGGUGUGUGCUAUGAUGGGGUGGAAGGGCUCCUCUACCUCUGUUUGUUUUCUCUGCUGGCAGCCUGCGCUCUCUCUGCCAUGCUGUGUGCGAUUUUCAGAGGGUGGACACUAAUGGCCAGCAGGGACAAAGAGUAUGACGACAUAGACGAGGAGGACCCGUUCAAUCCCCAAGCGCGGAGGCUGUCCUACAACCCCAGAAGGUCCAACAUCCACAGUUUCUGUAGCUAUACCAGCAGCCUCGGCAGCCAGCCGAGCCUUCAUCCACCUCCCCAGUCUGCGUCUAAUGUCAUACCACCACCAGAAUACAUGAAUCAGUCCAUGCUGUUUGGAGGGAGUCCUCGAUAUGAGAAUGUGCCGCUGAUAGGGAGAGGAUCCCCACCUCCUUCGUACUCGCCCAGUAUGAGGACCACCUAUCUAUCUAUGACUGAUGCCCAGAUCAGACACUUUGGGACAGACUUCCAGGUGUAGCCUUCUACCUUCUGAAUCCUUUUCAGAGAAGCACUGUCUGAGACUCUGGGUUCUUACCAAGGAGGCCGUCUUCAUGGCGUAAUCCUGUUUACGGGAGCUGCAGCCUGCAGUCCCAAUCUGAGACAUGAAAGCAGGCCAUAUGAGGAAAUUACCUCAGUAACACACCAAAGCAAUGCUCUGAAAGCCCUGCAUGCAGUUUUGAACAGAGAUGGGCCUGCACGGGUUCAUCUCAAGACUGUUGUUGAUGUUGUCAUGAUGUAUGGAAACACUUUAAGCAUUUCUAUGAGUCAUUUCAAGAGCCUUUGCACUGAUUGAAUGAAAAACUGUUUUUCACUUUUUUCCUGUAUUCUGGUGGCCUGCAUGGAUAUGAUCAUCAAUACGGUCAGUAUUUGGAUGUGAAGUGGGAGAAUACGACCUUCCGUCAUGGCAUUUAGAUUUUUGCAAAAUCCCUACUCUUUAACAGUGUUUUAGUCCUUUGUGUAUUUUUUAUGGGCUUAAAUGAAAGGAAGCACCAUGCUUUCAACCUUUCUAAAUAAUAAAAAUGGGCAAACUUUAUCAUUAUCAUCAUUAAUACAUGGUAAAUUGAUAGUAGUAAAUUGAUAAAUUUUCAUUGAAGUUUAGUUAUUUAAACUAAAAUGACUAAACUAGCUAAAUGGUUAGAUCGUUUAUAAUGUUUACUGACUAUUAGUAAUGACAUAAUUGAUGUUAUCUUAACAGUUUAUUGUUGCACACAUUCUAACAUUUUAUGACCUGCAAAACUACUUUGUAAACCUUUAAGAUAUUGUUCAUAAAAUGUCUAUAAACAUUACAUUGAUAGGUGGAUCAGACUUUUAAUUUGGUCCAAAUAAAUCUUUUAUUGGUUAUCUAUAAAAAUAUAAGUUAUUUAAUAAAGUAAUAUAAUCAUCAUUUGCUCUUUUGUAAGGGCCAUCCAAAAAAUAUUUUUCGACGGUUUACAGAUUAUUUGGUAAUUGUUAACACAUACUUAUAAUAUAAAAAGAGCAAACUGUUAAAUUACUUGAACUAUAUAAUUCCUAAUAAUCAGUAAACGAUAAUUAUUAUUCUAUUGUAGAUAACAGUAAAAUAAUUAUUCAUUCAAUUUAAUUAACUAUCAAUAUACCCUUUGUUAAUGAUGGUAAAUUAAGUGUUGAAUAAAAAUGAAAUCCACACCAAAUAUUGUGGUUUUGCUGUAAAGAACCAAAGAUGCUACUAAGCUGAUAUUUCUGAUCACUUUUCUUUUUCUCUUUCUAGUUAACUUCCACAGCAUCUCAUUGUCCUGUAUUGAGUGUACGACCUGCUGAUCAGGAAUAAUUUAAACUGUUGUAGCUGAAGGGUUUAUUAUUGUUUAGCGACAUUUGCUGACCAUAUUAAUUGCAUGUGGGUAAAUUCCCCUGGACUAAAUAAGGACAACGAAAUGGGAUUUAUCACAGUGCUGUGACACAGUUGGUUAAAUAUUAAUUGCAUUUGCAGAAGUGUAAAGGCAUGUGUUGUCAGAUCCAUCCACCUUCAGUAUUUUGUGAAUGAGAAAAAUGUUCUCUCCACAGUGUGUGAGAAGUCUGCUGUAUGCUGUUUUUUUUGUGUUGGAUAAUGUAUCAAACUAAACUGUUUGACCAUAAAUGCUGUGUUCAGGUU